GAGGGCACAUGAUGCAACUGCGGGUGUUGUUGGGGUGUGUGUGUGUGUGUGGCGUGUAUAUAUCAGCUCUCAAGCCCUUGAGGAACAGACAAACAACUCGCGGGUUAAAGGCGCGCUGUCUGUGUCUGCAGUUUUCCGUCGUCUUGCCUGCUGCAUCUGAAGAAUUAACUCCCCACCAUGUCGACUUCCUUCGUCCAAGCUGAGAAGCUACGCCCGACCGCUUUCGAGGUGGAAUAUUUUGACCAGUACGAUUUUUACAGCCUAACGGACAGAUACAGCACACCAGGCGGCUGUUCCCGCAAGGGCCGUUCUAAGCGAGAGGCUGAGGAUCACACAAAUCGUCCGAAUCCUGGUGGCCAUGAACGCAAGAUAGUCUUGAAGCUGCAGCGCACAGAGCAGAAACGGAAAGGGACCCCAUCCAAGGAAUGAAAAAUGCAGCUCUGAGUCUCGACAUGCUACUCAGGUUCUGGACACAACGGCAACGUCUAUGUGGAUACGGAGAUGGACAGACGGAUGGAAGCCAGGCAACACGGCGGUUACUCACGUUAAGGAGGCAGUGUCUACUGUGCUCAUAAAUGGAGGGCAUCAAGAUGGCUGCAGCUCACUCCAAACAUGAGGAGAAACUGCCAAGAUGGCCACUCGCGCCUCAAGAGGCCAACAGAAUGAUGCUUUAUUAGGCUGGGAAUAAAAAGCCAGCCAGUUUUCAUGAAGAAACUCUUCACCGACUUAAAUCGGUGACUCUUGCUAACAAUUGGCAGUCCCUGGAAAUGCCUUUGCCUUUCUCCUUGGGCAGAAAGGGGAGCAGGGAGGGAGAUAGAUUUGGAAUAGAACUAUUAUGUGUGGAACGAAGGUAUGAUAGAGACCUACACAGGUCAAGAAGGUAGAUGUGACGUAUAUAGGGCAGAGGAAGGGAAAUUAUGGCCUGAAGGCCAAAUCUGGCACUUAAAAACAGUUAGACCCAGCAUCCAACAGGAGGCCUUCAGAAGCAGGUGGAGACCCAGAUGUAGCCCUCAGGCCAAAACAUUUUUUCUGGUCUAGAGGGAAUCCAUGUUACAGGGCAG